CCCCCAAAAACAACUGCAUCUAACAUUUUGUGAUCGACUUGCCUUGUCAAAAAAGGCAAGGCGAACUCACGCCCAGAAGAUCAAACGUGCGGGAACCUCAGGCAAGUAAUGAAACUCUUUACUGAUGAGAUGCAGACGGUUUGUUUGCUUUCCAUCAUGAACUUUAUUCGUCGUUCUUUUUUAUUUUAUUUUUUUCUGUCUAUCUUGCUCGAGAUGCGAAUAUAAAAGAAAUCCAUAUUAAUUCACACUUUCCCCUUCUUUAUUAUUUAACCUCUUCUCUUUUUUUUAUUUCCUUUUUCUCGACUUCCGCUCUGCUUCCGUUCUGCUUCCGUUCUACUUCCGCUUCGCUUUCCAUAUCCAUCAUCUAUUGUUUUUCUUCUUCCCGUCUUAUCUGUAUCUUUAUCUCUCACCAAGGUUACUUUUUUUUAUUUUAUUUUUAUUGUCAUGACAAGCCCUGUAAAAGAAACCGUGCUACCCCUACCUCCUCCUACACAGGAAAAUAUCAGUUCUCGUUUGCAAUUGUUGAACGGGCUUAAACAGUUCUUGGCCACUGCACCCGCCAAUUGGGAUAUUCCAGUGGACGAGAUCCCGAUCAAGCGACAUGCUAUUCCUACGGGUGAAAGUGUGUCUUGUGUGAAAUGGAGCCAUGAUUACUUUAUCUCCGGCACCGACAUUGUUCGCUGCCUUACACUGCGUUUUCAUCUUUUUGGUCGGCCUGUCAAGAAUUUGAAAAAGUUUGAAGAAGGCGUAUUUUCUGAUCUCCGCAACUUGAAGCCGGGCGCUGAUGCCACAUUGGAAGAACCCAAAUCGCCGUUCCUCGAUCUGCUCUACAAGCAUGGCUGUAUUCGAACCCAAAAGAAGCAAAAAGUGUUCCGCUGGUAUUCGGUGCCUCACGAUCGCCUUUUCCUUGAUGCUCUCGAGCGUGAUUUGAAGCGAGAAAAACUGGGUCAAGAUCCUACCUCGUACGCCAUUGCUGAACCUUCGCUUUCCAUCUCGUUGGAUGCCACCCAAUCCAUCUUUGACGACUUUCGAAAAAAUCUAUUGAGUGAUCUCGAACUCAAUGCGUGUCUCAGCGGUGUUUCCAUUUGUUCUCAAGCUUCGUCACCUUCAUCCCCGACGCCUACCGCCACUUCGUCUUACCAUUCCGCUUCAUCGACCCUGUCCGAUACCUCCCGUCGGCCCUGUGACAGUCGAACCACAUCGGUGUUUGGUGAAUACGCUCUCUUUGAAGGCUCCCCCAUGUACAAACAACGUCGUCGACGGACCAUGCACGGGGUCAAUCGAACCAGUACGGAAUCCGUUCCCGAUCGAGAAAACCUUCACCCGUCGACUGUAUGGUGGCCUUAUGAUCGUCCUUUCAGCUCACGCAACGACACACGCGAUGACACCCGAUACUACACAUGUCCACUCAAUUCAUGCGCCAAAGUCUUCAAACGCCUUGAACACUUGAAACGCCACGUACGUACCCAUACCAUGGAACGUCCUUAUUUGUGCGAUCUUUGCGGCAAACGAUUCUCACGAUCGGAUAACCUCGCACAACACAAAAAGACACACAAACGACGCCACGUCCAUGGAUUGAAUGACGGACACAGUGAUCACAGUGACGAUAACGAUGGCAACGAUCACGACGAUUCCAAUUACAGCAGUUCCGAAGCAAGCGAUAACGAUGACAACGACGUUCAAGGAACCGGCAGCCAUGGCUUUCAGUAUGGAUCCAAUCAAGGUCACUCCACCUCCAGCUUUCCUUCCGGCACUCAUUACACGGGCUACUGGACCCAUCCCAACGUGAACGACUGUGGUCUUGACGAUCCAACCUACACCGAGCCUUAUGUGGAUGUGUUCUCGGACAUGUCUGCUUCCACUCCCGCUUCCACCGUCGCUUAUUCCUUGUCCUCUUCUUGCAAUGCUUCGCCUACGUUUCUCGCCAAACAUGCCUCCAAUGCUCAUCCCGAAUCGGAGACAGUCUUCCUUCACACGUUUCAGAUGCCGAUUGAUGAAUUCAUGGAAGGAUUAAUGCCCGCGCACAAACCUCCCAUCGACACUCCGACUGCCAGCACCAGCACCAGCAGCACCAGCACCACUUUCUGGAACCAAUCGACCCCAUCCAAUGAAUGGCAAAACAAUAUCGAUUGGAAAGAAUACGUUCAAGCUCAAUCCAUGUCCAUGGCUUCGGUUCCCAGUCAUCCUCCACUGCAUUACGAAUGUGCCCAAGAUGCGAAAAUGGCCUAUCUGGUGGAACAACAAUUGCGAUCCCAUAUAUCGAUGCCUUGCGAUUCGUUCAGCAAUAUUUACGAUGUGUUGUCAGUCAAUACACCAUGUACAAUUGAAUUCAAUCCAGUGUUUCCCGCCAGCCCCAUCAUUCCACCUUUCGUUCCUUCCAUGUGCCCUCAAGAUGCACUGUUAAAGCCUCGCACCACUUCAGCUUGAGGCUGAGGUCCAUGGUCAUCUUUCCUUUUUUAUUUCUUUUUAGCAUAUCCUUCCUCUCGCUCUGUGUGUGUAUGUGUAUGUGUCUCUGUCUGACUGUGUGUUACAGCAAGUGCAUUUUUAUCAUCUUAUGUAUAUUCCAUAUUCGUUCAGUUUUUUUCCCCUUCAUUCAUCGAAUGAUAAGAGCUUUCAGGUUCUUGUUGUUGUUCUAGUUGGUUUUUUUCCAGAGCAUAUGUAUAUCGCCAUAUUUUACAUAUGUAUAUAGCUCACCCCACGCUUGCUGUACAUUUUAUUUGCAUAUUAAAGGCUAGCCUGUACUAUGUU